AUGUUGGCAAUUGGCAUUGCUAUCUUAAUAUUAAACUUGACCGUUACCUAUAGUCGAAUUCUACUUUAUAAUACCGAGAAUCGUCAAGAUGUUGAAAAAUUCGAUUGUGUUUAUCAUGUGUACGACGAUGGAGAAGAUAUUUCAUACUGUCGACGUCCAGGUGGACGUCAAUCACUCAAUCGAAAUAGAAUUGAAUGUGACAAUGAAGGAGACAAAAACCUAUUCCGUGAUCUACUCAAACAAGAAAUACAUCCAAGCAUUAUUCUCAAUUGGAGUUCAAGUGUCGAAAUGGCCGAUUUGUAUGCCAAUGUCUACUACAAUCGGUCAUUGAUUGAUGAUAACGACGAUCAAUUUAUAUGCGACUGCACGAAACGGGGAACAUUUGGCAAAUAUUGUGAAUAUCAGUUGACACAUGACGCAGAAUCAUUCAGUCAAGCUAUCAAUGCUCAAUUUGAAACAAAGCGAAAUGGUGACUCAUGGAAUACACAACGAUAUGGAAAGAUUCUCUGUUAUGAGACAUUACCUUGUCACUCAAGUCCACUCUGUCUCGAUUGGCGAGAAAUUUCUGAUGGUGUGCAGCGAUGUUCUCAUGGUAUUGAUGAAGAAAAUUGGGAUAAGUUGGAAUUCAACGAGUGCGAGGAUGAUGAAUUCCGAUGUACAAAUGGCAUGUGUAUUCCAGCAGAAUUCUGGCUGGAUGGUGAUUAUGAUUGUAUGGAUUGGAGCGACGAAUAUCGUCGUGAUGAUGAAAGAUCAUGUCCGUUUGAGGCGAACGCAAUGGAAUGCGAUGAACAUGUAUGUUCCAGCGGAACAUAUUCAUGCGGUGAUGGACAAUGUGUUGAAUGGAAGAUUCGAAUGGCAUUUCAACGAUUCGCAGAACCAGAGAAUGACUGUUUCAACAAGCGCAAUCUUAACUACAUGUGUGAAAUAAGUCCACAUCGACCUGCUUGGACGCUCGAAAGUGGACUAUGUUGGCCAGACAAUGGCUAUGAUGAUGCUCGUUUUCCCCCACGGCAUAUGAUGAAUUCGUCAAAACUAACAAACCACGAAAAAUGUCAAUAUCUAUUUCGAUGUGUUUUGUCGAAAGGUUUCGAGCAUGAUUGUCCAUGUAAUCAUCGAAAUUGUACACAAAUGAUGAUGAAUGUGUGUUCAAGUCUCAAUCACCUCAUUCUCUAUCCACCAGAAGGAUUAAUCAAUCCAAAUGUUGGAUAUCGAGAUUUUUUGUCAUCUUAUCAAAAUGACAAGUUCUGUUGGAAUGAUUCACUAACAUUCAAUGGUCGUCCAUAUGCUGUUAAUCCUGCCAUAUGUACUACUACAGGAGAAUGCAUAUCACAAUAUCGAAUUCGUGACGGAUUUAGGGACUGCUUCGAUCAACAAGAUGAAGAAAUGGUCCUUGACAAGAAUUAUUGCACUGGAAAUGUAGGACGACAUCGUUUUCAAUGUUUUAAUGAUCAACGAAAAUGUCUCCAACUGAUUAGGUUGGGUACAGGGAAUGCUGAUUGUUCGAACAGCUAUGAUGAAAGCUGGUAUGGUAUUGGUACUGAUCUUCGACUUCAGCUUCCAUGUUUUAAAGAAGUUACUAAUAAUUGUCGCCUUGUAAAAACAUACAUUCAACAGUCAUCCAUUUGGAAUUCAAACAACAACAGUUCGUUCGUUAAUCUUCAACAACAAGAGUCAUCGAGCCGUAUGUCUUUUCGACGUUAUUGUGAUAGUUUCUGGAAUUUGGACAACCAUGUUGAUGAAAUGCCUUCUUCAUGUCAAUAUUGGAUAUGCCAAAAUGAUCAAUAUCAAUGUCGCACAGGACAGUGUAUUGCACUCGAUUGGGUUUGUGACGGCGAAUGGGAUUGCUCAGACGCAUCUGAUGAAGAAGCUAUUUUGCUAACUGAAAACCUUUCAUACCAUAAUGCUCGUUUGCCAAAUUUACCUUCACAAAUUAAAAAAUGUCGAGAACGAUAUUCUAAAUCACCAUUUUCGAAAAUUUGUAAUACAUCAUUUGAAUUUGGUUGUUAUCUAUCUCGAGUAUCAAAUCCAUUGGAUAUUCAAUUGAAUCGUCCAUGUAUUAAUCUUACUCAGAUUGGUGAUGGUUUAGAAGAUUGCUACAAUGCCUAUGAUGAAAAAAAUACAUUGCCUAGUAUCUAUUAUCCAAUAGAUGAAAAUACAACCAUUCGUAUCGUAGAUCACAGCUAUCUCCAUCCGAAGUAUCAAGGUCAUACUGAUGGAUAUGCUAAUGACAUAGCACUGUUGGGAUUAAAUAAACCAUUGAAUUUCAAUAAUAAUCCCUGUGUUACUCCAAUAUGUAUACGUACUACAAAUACAUCAAGAAAUAUAUCACAAUAUCCGAAAAAUGGUACACGAUUAGCAGUAAUCGGUUGA